AUGUCGAAGAGAAUAAUGUGUGAAGUAUUCUGUACUGCUGAAGACUUAGGAAUGGACAUCUUUUAUAGCGACGACAGUAUGCAUCUCUACAAUGAAGAUAUCCCUCGUUUAGCUGAAGAGUUUGAGAAACGUUAUGGAAGAGUUCUCAUUGGUAAAAACCUUGGUCAGUUUCAUAGUGACUUCGCAGAAAUAACACCUGGAAAACAAAGUUUAGCAUACAAGUCAAUAUUUUGUGGAAAGAAGACUUACAUAGACUUACUCACGAAUGAUUUAAAUGAAGUUGCAUUUCACUGCAGAAUGAAAGGCGUGAAGCAAGAUGUUAUUGCUUUAACCGCUAAUGAAAUGUUUCCUGAAUCUGUUCAGUGUUUCUAUGAUGAAGAUAAAGGUUUAAUGGUUCCGCAAGGAAAAUUUGACAAAGACUCUGAGUUCAGUGUUAUGAAGUUAUAUAAAGCACUUUAUGACGGUCAAGAGAUUGGAUUUGACUUAUGUAAGUCAUGUCAACCUUGCUUUGAAGAGAAGUUUAACUUCUCAAUAACGACUAAAACAAGCUUUAUUCGUAAGUUGAAGUUCUGA